GGUUCAAAUCAACAUUUUUCUGGGGUGGACCUGACCUUUAACAAUUGGAUGUAGAAAUACAGAAGUGAUGCUUUAUCCAGUGCAGUACACAAGAGGAAACCGUACUGGAAGUUAGUUAUCGACAAUAUAACUGCGCAUGCGUCUACGGUGAGCUGUAUUUUGCUUAUACGAUGACAGUAGGUCCAUGCUCUCACAGGUAUGGUCUAUUUAUAUUUGUCAUCAGAUGAGUAGGACCAAUGUUGAUCUGUAGCAUCUAAUGAUUUCUCCUGUCGCUGAUCGGGAAUUAUUACAUGUAUCUCUCUCUGCUAUGGUAACUCAAGUUCUGAAGUAGGGACCUGACAGGGUAGCUUUUGUUGGAAUAAUGCCAAGCUUGUAUAUAAAUGGAUGAAUAUCACCAACUGCAUGGGAAACAUUUUACCAUUUUACAUCUCAGUUAAAUCAGCUAUCCGGCGUAGUAGCUGACCGUAUAGACUGACCGUAUAGACGGCAGAAAUAAUACUCGUGGCCUAUUGAUGAAAUUAUCUUCUUGCACGAAAUGCUUUUAGAAGUUGUUUGAACCAGGCAUCAUCUGUACCGUGAGAUAGGAUCCAUAAUGGAUGUACAAGCCUGCACACUGCGCUGAUUGAGUGGUGACAAAAUCAGUUGCAGAGACAUGGAACGAGGAUGCAAGCUAGCAGAAUGAGAAAGUGGUGAUACUUUCGCCAUAGAUGCAUCUGUAACCACGGCCAGUCUGCCCAUAUACCAGUCAGGAUGGAACUCAGGAAGAAAGAAAUGAUCCCCUUAAUCUGUACCAUCGUUGCCGUUUUGAUGUGUGUCAUCUUUAGCCACCACAAUGGUUUUACCGUCGUGCAAACCAUACAGACCGGGCUAGAUGUGGAACCAGUGCAAUCAGUAUCACGGAAACAACUCCCUAAACCGGCAACAAGCCUCGUCUUUGUUAAAACCCAUAAAACUGGCGGGACGACUUUGGCAUCGAUUCUCAACCGAUUCGGGUACAAGCAUCGUCUCUCGUUUCUCUUCAAUCGGGGAGAUAAGAUCCAUGGCCAUUUCCGGUUGUCUAAACUUGCUAAAAAGAAACCUCGCAGCUUCCUGCCUCCGCUUUGCGUUGCUACGGGUGACUACACACAUUACAGGAAUUACAGCAUGAUGACAGCGCAUCUGAGGUUUCUACCAAAUCUAGAAAACCUGAAACGAUUCAUGAAAUCCGAUUGCAAGUAUGUGUCUAUCCUCCGUGAGCCGAGCGCGCAGUGGGAAAGCGCGUUUUCCUUUUUCGGCGCUGCGAGCUCCAUGCAUAUCAGUAAAAGUGGGCGGGGGAACACGAGCGUUGCGAACAUCGCAACGUUUCUGAGUAAGCCUGAAUAUUACUGGAAUUCCGCCAGGGGUGGCCAUGCCAAGUUCUACUCGAGAAACGGACAGCUUUUCGAAUUCACCGAAGAUGGCGCUAUCCACAUGUAUGAAGACAUCGUCAAUGACACGAUUGAGCAGCUCGAUGAGCAUCUCGACUUGGUUCUCAUAACAGAACACUUCGACGAGUCCCUCAUUCUUCUCAAAAAUCUAAUGCACUGGACUUUCAAAGAUAUAUUAUACGUGAGGAAAAAUGCCCGAGCAAGAACGUCCAAUAUAACCGAAGAACAACGGCAACAAAUAAGAGAGUGGAACAGUGCCGAUGUUUCUCUUUACAGUCAUUUCAAUAGGACGUUAUGGAGAAAGAUAGAGGAGGGAGGAGCUACUUUUAAUAAAGAUUUACGGACGUUCAGGAGAAUGAUGCGGGACUACGCUACGGGGUGCGGUAUAGAGAACAAGGAAGCCGCGCGGAAGGGACAGAAAAUGUUGCGCGUCGCCCACGUGACCAAGAACAACUCGCUUUUCUGCAAACGACUGGUGAGCGAAAACUACGAGAUUUCGACAUUGAUCAUGAAAAGACAAAGAUUGGGAGCCCUAUGCGAUGUAAAGAGGAACAAGGUUUUAUAAACAUGCGUUGAGGAUAUCCGGUUUUUUGAAGGGUGAGGAUAUUACAAUCUAAAACAAAAGAAAUUAUUGGAAAAAAAGCAGGCAUUUUUGUUUAAAUGUCAAAAUUAAAUGACCUUCAAAAUAUAAAGGAUAUUUUUUACGUGGACUCUCUUUUAAAAAGCGCUUGAACAUUCCGUUUCAUGAUGUUGUACAUUCAGUGCAAUGAUUGCGCCCCCUUCGGCCAUGUUAAGAUAAUUUUAGAAACCGAAGAAUCUAAAUGACUUGUUAAUGGUUCAGCUGAAUGCAAUUGUUAUUUUAGCAAUUUGAAUAUUUUCUAAUCAAAUCAUUUAGUUUAUGGCAAAUUUGACUUAGACAAAGUCUGAUUAUGAGUAAAAUAUUCUUAGCAAAUGACUUUACGUGUCAGUCCAGUCAAUCGACAAAUAUUCUUUAGUCAUUUUAAUUAGCUUGUUUUAGAGAAAAAAUAUAUAUAGAAGGGAUUGGGGUAAGUUAACACCUGGAUUUACUCCGAAGGUGUUGCUCCCGAUCUGCAUUCAAUAAUGAGUUUGCUACAAUUUUAAUUGUGGAUUGUAAAUGAAAUAAAAAAUAUCAAACACUUUGGGAAUAG